CAGCGAUUGAGAAGAGUGAAACGGUGAAGUAUUGACAAUGAGGUCUCUCUAUAUUUGUCUCUCUGCAGUCCUCCUGUCAGUCUCGGUGCAGGGUUUCAAUUUUUCUCAUAAUGGGUGGUCAAUGACAAUUGCAGAUAAUGUGACGGCUGAGGAAGGAGGCUCCGCUGUUUUACCCUGCAGUUUCACCCACCAAGUCACUAAUCUCACACUCACCGGCUCUGUGAUAUGGAUUAAAUACUCCAAAGGUGUUAUCUUUAACUGUACAUACCCUGGCACAGGCCAUUCAAAGGGUGAGCUGUGUGAGAAUGUGAAGCAGCGGGACGGUGGGAACAGAUUCAGAUUCGUGGGGAACCUCAGCAACAAAGAUGUCUCAAUAAUAAUGGACGGACUGAGCCAGAAGGAUAACGGUUCCUACCAGUGUCGGGUAGAGCUCAACAUUGACAGUUUUGAAACAUCGACUCCAACAAAGCUGGAAGUGAAAGCUGCUCGGGGAAGUGCCUCAGUGGUGAGUGGGACAGAGGGAGAUACUGUUACUUUACCCUGUAUCUUCGAGCCUUGGCCCAAAUCCAAACUUGCCACUGUUACCUGGUUGAGGAAGGAGCCCUACCAACGCAUUGUUACAUUUACAGCCCAAUCAAAGCAAAUAUCGGCAACUGUAAACGGUGGAAAUCGGUACGAGCUCAUCGGAAACCCAGAAGACGGAAAUGCCUCGACCAGGAUAAACCAGUUGAGAGUGAGCGACAAUCACACUUACCUGUGUCAGGUGGAGUACAGAUCAAGAGACUCAGCAUCUAAGAAUUUUCAGCAUCUCAUCCAGAAAGAGAUAUGGCUGCAAGUACAUGUGAAGAGGACUGGCUCACCCACUGUACAUCCAUUUAUCUUCCUGAUCAUCAUCUUCAUUAUCGUCAUCAUCAUUAUCAUCAUCUUCAUCAUCAUCAAGAAGAAAGGAGGGGCUCCACUGCAAAUCAAAUGGCCCACACCUUGGAAAAGGAAUGGCCCAGGUUCAUCCAGCAUUCCCAGGACUGAUCAGGCCCAGCAGCCAACUGCUCCAGAUCAGGACGGUUCUAGCUUCUAUGUUGAGAUUGACAACAACAGAACAGGUGGCAAGAGAUUCACCAUCAGUGCUUCAGAAGACCCUCAGCCUGAUUCCUGUACCUAUGCCAGCAUCAUGUUUGACAGCAACAAAAAAGUUCAACGUGGCCAGACUCUCCCAGUUGUUGAUUCAGGAGAAACUGAUGUGACCUAUGCAGCCAUUGUGAAAACACAUUAGGAUUCAGUGUUCACAUGAUAAUUAUGAAUUGGGCCCAUGAUGUGGAAGAGGAGCCAGUUGUCACAAUUUCAUCCAACCAUGCAUCAACUGCGCAGACGCUAGCUCUUUGAUAUGUCAUAUAAUUUUGCCAACUGCACUGAUCUUACGCCAGGCGAUUCACUAUUUGAGCUGAGUGGGACUCUAAUCCAAAAGUGGACUGUUCAGUUGGUUCAAUGUUUGUUGCAGUCACUAUGAUAACUGAUCUCUGUUCACUGAGUGGAAUUAUUAUAAAGGCUUCAUAUUUAAACAUUUUUGUGGACUUGACUUUGAAGAAUUGUGGAUUCAUGGAUUUGAUUUUUAUUGAAAGAGAUCAGCAAAAUGA